ACGAAAUCCGCCUCGAGAGCCCCAACCACCAAGCACGAUGUGCCGGCCGAUCGAGACCGCGCCGCUCGGCGGCUUCCCCAUGAUGAACCCGCAGGCGAUGUUCCAGGCUGCCAUGAACAAAGACAUGGCGCGCUACGCCAUGGCGCCCAGCCCGGCCAUGAUGAGCUACCAGAAGCCCCAGCAGUAUGAAGUCGUCACGGACAGCAUGAUGUACCCUGGCCCUGGCUACGGCUACGACGCGCAGCCGGUCAUGUCGUUCUACCCGUCGCAGACCAUGAACUACGCGCCGGUGCAGGCGCCAACCAGCGCCUCGGUGUCGCCGCGCGACCCGAACGUCGACAUCGGCACCUUUCAGGACCUGCUCGACGUGGCUCUCGAAGACGACAUCGAGGAUGCGUCUUUUGACGUCAACGAAGGCUUCGACAACUCGGAAAUGUCGAUUCUGAUGAGCUUCUUGAACGAACACGACGCUGCCGCCGAAAGCCAACCGCCCGCUACGAUCGAAGAUGUCGAUGGCGGUGUCUUGACGCUCAACCUCCUGGACGACGGCCCGUUGGAGGCCCUUUUGUCGUCGUCGUUCGAUGACGACAGCGACGACUUCCUCUCCGAUGUCAAGCUCACGCCCCCGACUGGCUUUGUCGCGCUCAACCAGCAGUCCAUGGACCAUAGCACCGAAGACGAAGACUGUCUCUCGGGCAAGAACCGCCGCCUCUGCAAGAUGGAAGGCUGCCAAAAACGCUCCCGCUCGCAUGGCCUCUGCAUCGCCCACGGCGGCGGCCGCCGCUGCGCUGUCGACGGCUGCAACAAGAGCAGCCAGGGCGGCAACCUCUGCAUCAAGCACGGCGGUGGCAAGCGCUGCGAAGUCGAUGGCUGUGAACGCGCCGCGCAAUCCAACAUGCUCUGCAAGGCCCACGGUGGCGGUCCGCGCUGCCUCUUUGAGGGCUGCGACAAGGGCACUCAGCGCGGCGACUUUUGCGCGCUCCACGGCGGGUCGCGUCUCUGCGGCGUGGCCGGUUGCAUGCGCAACGACCGUGGUGGCGGCUUUUGCGCGACGCACGGUGGCGGCAAACGCUGUGCCGAGCCCGGGUGCAUGAAGCCGUGCCGCCGACAGGGCCUCUGCUCGGCCCACUUUCGCGUUCACUCGGAGUAGUCGUCGGCCCGUGACCUUCUUCCAUUGAAGCGGUGCGACCCCGCGUCGUUGCCGAUGUAUAUUUUUUAUUGACGGCCGUCCGUCCUGGUACAAGUAGUGUAUCGAAGAAACACGACGGGAUGCAUGCAUGUUACUCUU